UCUAACCACAGUCGAAAAUAUAACUAUUAAGGGAAAAUACAAGUGUCAUCCAUACUGGCCCGACAAAACCGGUGAAACAAUGCAAUUCAACGGUGUUGAAAUUUUCAAUACGCAGACUAGGGUACUUUCACCAGAAGAACAAACAGUGAUGGUACACAUUCUGAGUGUGAGAUUCGCUAAAGCCGAUGGUUCGUUUGAUACAAGAGAAAUUCGUCAUUACCAAUGGAUGGAUUGGCCAGAUAGAGGUGUUCCACCGCUCAAGCUCACUAGCAUGGAGCUUUUAUCAAGAGUGCGUGGAACGAGUAAGCCUAUUGUGGUACAUUGUUCAGCUGGUAUUGGAAGGACAGGCACAAUUGUUGCUAUAGAAUAUAUUCUAGAGAGAAUGCAAGCGGGACAUGAAUGUGCAGCAAUGAAUGAUCUUCUGAAAGAACUGCGUAAUCAACGUGCAUACACAAUUCAGAAUGAUUUGGUAUUCUUUGACGUUUCUCUUUGA